AAGUAUAGACCUUAUAAGAUCUAGCUUUUCCUCUGUUAUGGUGGCUGUGCAAUUGUUUACUCAUUGGAAUUUAAUCAAACUAGAAGCAAGUAUUUCUUUCAACAAAAAUAUCACCAAUGCAGUGCUUAUGAAUGCGUACAUUAAAAGAUGGCAAUAAUUUAUUUUUAUGCUUUCAUUUUUAAUAUCUGAUGGUUAGUAUAAUGGAUAUAUCAUGACACUAUUAUUCAGGGAUUGUAAAUAAAAAUAUGCAUAUGUACAUGUACUGAAAGCAGAGGACAAAAUAGAAAGAUGGAUAGUUUAGAAUAUGAGACUGUAAGAAAUAUGACACUCUUAUUUUUCUUUGAACUUCUUGUGGAUAAGGGCGGACCACGUACACUGCAUGAUUUAAGCUGCCAAUUUGGAGCUAAGGGAUUCACAAAGGAGAUGCGUCAAAUAGCUGGUGGAUCUCAAAGUGGCCUUAAGAAAUUUUUAUCUCAAUAUCCAAUACUUUUUGUUAUUAAUGACGAUUACGUAUCUGUAAAUACUUUUCAACAAAUUGCUGAGGAAGAAAAUGGAUGUAAAUUGAGCAGUAAACGUGAUUAUGCACGAGAGGCUGUAGAAUAUUUUACAAAUAAAUUAAUGCAAUAUGGAGUUGGUACAGAGGUGCCGAUUAGUAGCCUUUUGGGACAUCGAUCUCAGGCUUCUCCAGAAGUUAGACAUAUUUCUGGACAACAUUAUAAGAAAUUUAGAGAUUUUCUUUUGAAAUAUCCAGAUGCUUUUGUAGUUACUGAAGAUAAUGUAAUGUUGAAGCAGUACGAAGGCAUGAAAGCAGAGCCUGCAAUGAAAAUGGAGCCCGAUAUACCCAUCGAUCCAGAUGUUACUGCAAAAUUACUGGAUUUUCUUUGCGAAUGUAUUGAACAAAAAGGUCCAAUUCUUGUGGAUCAAAUGUUCAAUAUAGUUGAUGAUAAAUUUUCUUAUGAAAAUUGGACUUCAAUAUUUAAAACACCUCAAGAUUUAUGUACAUUUGUAAAAAUGUUCCCAGAUGCAUUUCACGUUCAAAGUAAUUUGGUGACAUUAAUUGGGAGACCGAAAUCUUCCAUAAUAGAAGGAAAAACAAAAACAAAGCCCGUCAAUUCUGUACGAAAUCAAAAUAGUACUUCAAGUCAAGUAAAUAUGCAUCAAGUUGUGCAGUCAAAUAAUACUCAAACAUUGCAGCCACCAGUUGAUUCAGAAUCUAUUACUGCUAAUCCAGUGAGCCAAGCUAACUCUGUACAGAAUUCUUAUUCUCAAAUAAAUGAAAGCAAUAAUAAUUCUCCUCCAGUGAGUUUGCAGCAGCAAACUUUAAAGCAAAGAAUAAAUACACUUGUAAUGAAGACUUUGGCGGACAAUACAGAGAAAGAUCGUAGUUUGCAGGUGGCACAAAUGGGAGAUGCAUGGAAAUUGAAAGUACUGCAACAGACUAGAGUAAUUGUAAAUCCAAGGGAAAGUCUUCAAAUUGUUGAUGAUAUAAUAAAUCCUCGUAAACCACCAUCGGAUGGUAAAAUUGUUGUAUCGAUGGAUUGUGAAGGCAUUAACUUGGGAAUUAAAGGACAAUUAACUCUUAUACAAAUUGGUACUAUGUCUGGACAAGCAUAUGUAUUUGAUCUAAUUACAUGUCCUAGUAUUGUUCAAGCUGGAGGACUCCAAAAACUUCUAGAGCAUCCAAAUGUUAUUAAAGUAAUUCAUGACUGUAGAAAUGACAGUGUCAAUUUGUACAGACAAUUCAAAAUCAUGUUAAACAAUGUGUUUGAUACGCAGGCAGCUCAUGCUGUGCUUCAAUACCAAGAAACUGGUAAACCUGUAUAUAAGGUUAAAAAUGUUAACUUAAACACAUUAUGUGAUCUUUAUGGUGCUCCAUCUAAUCCAUUAAAGGAACAAUUCAAGAACACUUACCGUAAUAAUCAAAAGUAUUGGUGUCGGCGUCCAUUAACACGAGAUAUGCUUAUUUAUGCUAGCAGCGACGUUUUGAACUUAGUUCCUCAGAUAUAUGUUUCCAUAGCUAAACUAAUAAAGCCAGAAGUACAACCUCUUUUUGCUGAAUUAUGCGAAGAGCAAAUACAAAUAUACAUUAAGCCGGCAGACGUAAAGGCACGCAAAAAGCAACGAAAAGUGGAGACCGAAGUCGCAGAUUUGAAAAAGAGGAUGGAGGAAACAACCACUAAAAAUAUCGUCUUAAGUAAUCGUGAGAUACGUCUUUUACGUUAUUUGGAUCUUACCGAGGAUGAAAAAGAGAAGUUGAGAGGCAGUUACAAAGUUGCCAGAAAAUUAGAGAAACUUGAAAAUAUAGGCCAAGACAAAGGAGAUAGCAGUGAUGACGAUGACGAAGAUAAAGUCGAUGACGAAUAUCAUAGUAUGGAGAGUUAUACUUCCGAAAAUUCACACUCUGGUGGUAUAUUGUCACCGAGAAAUACAGAUACACCCAGCCUUACAGAAUCAAUGCAGAUGAUGGACGAAAUACUUUCUGAUGAACGGAUGGACAGAUUUGAAAAAAUUGAAAAACUGGAAGCUAUUCUUUCAGCAGUGACUGGUUCCGUGACGGAUCAGUUUUCUUCAAGCAGUGCAGACGCGUCCCCAUCGAAAUGUACAUGCUCAUGUCGGGACAAAACCAAGAGUCCGCAAACGGAUCAUAAUGUGAGAAAUAGUGUGGCUUGCCAAACAUAUAGUACAGGUGAUAUAGUAAUUACCAAAAUAUUUCUCACGGAAGAAGAAAAGGAACACAUAGAUUUAAUGAAUUCGCCAAAAAAGUAGAUGACAGAUAGCAGCUGCGCAAGCGGUAGGAAUGAAGUUGCCAUUACUACGAUUUUUUAAAUGAAAAGAACGGGGAGAUUAGGUGGCAAGAUAUACAAGGAGUAGUUAAAAAUUCAUCUAUUUUACAUAAUUUGACAAAAUUGUAAUCUUCAAUUGCAGUCGAUUGAAUUUCAAUUCUUGACAAUGAUUUAUUUUUCCAAGUCUGAUGCUGUAGAAAUCAGAAUUUAGGAAGAAGCUGUUUCUUUACAACAAAGCAGUAUUGUAAAAUGUUUUAUUCUUUAAUGGAAGAUUGCCUUUCUUUGCGAGAGUAUAAGAAAGAAUUAAUCGAGUUACAUAGCAAUAUACAACUGAAGUAUAAUAUUCAUUGACUAAUGAGAAUAUUGAUUAAAUGGAUUUCUUCAUGUAGUUUAUGGUACUACUCGGGAUUAAAACGCUAAUGUCGUUGUCUCUAAAUCAAUAGAACUGCUAAAAUGUUUGGAUGCUAUUUAAGA